AUGCAGACCCCACAAGGGUAUUCAUCUGUUACUGCUGGUCAUUACAUUGGUUCUGGUGCACCUUCAUCAAUGUAUAUUGGUGUACAACCUUAUGGCUCCUCUCUCUCUCUCUCUAUGCCACCUCCUUAUGAUGUUCAUGUUCCAUCUGCUUAUCAUUAUAGUUAUGGAAUUCACCUUUCUGGAGGCAGCAACCCCUAUAGACCCCUCCCACCCCUACUCUGGUGGCUCAAUCAUAGGGUCUACGACCUGGGUUUUAUCCAGAAGCGAAAGCAAAGAAAGGUGUUGAAAACAUUUUAUGGAAAAAGCGAUAAUGAUUGGGUAUGCCCUAAUUGUGGAAAUGUGAAUUUCUCAUUUAGGACAAUUUGUAACAUGAGAAAAUGCAAUACACCUAAGCGAGGAUCUCAGGCUUCAAAGUCAGGAAAGAACUCCAAAGGAGAUAUGCCUGAUGGGAGCUGGAAGUGUGAUCAAUGUAACAACAUAAACUAUCCAUUCAGAACAAAAUGCAGUAGACAAAACUAUGGUGCUGAAAAACCAUCAGAAUCUGGGAAAUCCCCUUUAGAAGAAGCAGAAGAAAACGAUCAGUUGUUAAUCGGGCUCUUCAAUUUGGAUCCAACCCGAGUGUUUGACAUUGUAUUGGAGUGUUUCAAACUUCAUCCGGAUAACAAUGUCUUCUUGAACCUGAUCCCUGUUUUCCCCAAGCUUGCUAGGACAUGCUAUAACUUUUAUCAGUCCACACCAACAAAGUUGGCUGGAGAAAACUACCUCCAUUCAGGGCAGCUAAUGUUCAAGUCAUUAUUUGUCAUCUACACUCGAUGGACAACAACAAUUUUUUUUGACAUGGAGGAUUUGUCUUUUACAUGA